AUGAUUACUGAGAAGGCAAAAUAUUUUCAUGGUAAAUUAAACAUAAAUUCCGAGUGUAAGUAUUCAUCUGGUUGGCUGGAAAAAUUCAAAAAUCGGCAUGGAAUUCGUAGACUGAAAUCCACAGGAGAAAAGGAGUGUGCUGAUUAUGUGUCUGCAACGAUGUUUGUGGAAGACUUAAACGAAUACAUUAAAAAUGAACAACUUACAACUGAACAAAUUUAUAAUGCAGACGAAACCGGUCUAUUUUGGAAGUGUUUGCCCCAAAAUUCGUUGGCGAGUGGUGAUGGAUAUUCUAUUGAGGGGUACAAAGAGUCCAAGGAAAGAAUCACAGCUUUACUUUGUGCAAAUGCAGCUGGGACUCACAAGUGUAAAUUGAUGAUAAUAGGAAAAAGUGCUAAUCCAAGAUGUUUAAAAAAUGUUAAAUACAUUCCUGUAGUUUAUAAGUCUAAUAAGAGAGCUUGGGUAACACAAGAGCUAUUUCUGGAGUGGUUUAACAACAAUUUUGUACCAGAGGUAAGAGAACAUUUACAACGCAUUGGUCUCGAAAAGAAUUGCAAAGUUCUUUUGCUAUUAGAUAACUGUCCAGCACACCCGGAUGUAAAUGCAAUGAUAUCUGAUAAUGUUACAGUAAAAUAUCUACCACCGAAUUGUACAUCUUUGAUUCAGCCUAUGGAUCAAGGAGCCAUUCGGAGUUUCAAAUGCCAGUACCGUAAAUUUAUCGUGCAAAAACUUGUGGAUUCUAAUAGUCAACACGAAUUUGUUAAAUCUUUGAACAUUAAGUCAGCUUUAUGGACAGCAGCGACUUCGUGGGAUUCUGUAACCCCACGUGUUUUAAAUAAAGUUUGGAAUAACUUACUAUCUCAAGAUGAUGAAAAUGAUUCAACUUUUAGUAUUGAGAUACAAUCAGAUGUAUUAAUACCACCUGGUUUUACAGCUGAUGCUAUCUCAAAGUGGAUGGAGUGCGAUAUUGAUGUCGCACCGUUUGCUAUUGUAUCUGAUGAUGAAAUCGUUAACAUGGUCAAUCAAACAGAAGAAUAUGAGCUUGAGUCAAAUUCAGAGGAAUCAGAUGGAGGUAAUACGGUAGAAACCCCCACAUUAGCUCAAGCAAUAGAGGCUAGUAGUGUUUUGUUAAAGUUCUUAGAAAACUAUACUGGUACAGGUAUUUCAGAACCAGACAAAAUACAAGUGUAUCGCAUACAAAGUCAUUUACUUAAGGAACAAAUGAAUUCUAAAAGACAAACUACUUUAAACGAAUAUUUUAAAUUAAUAUAA